CAGCUUCUGUCAUCUGUGGGUAUUGUUUGUUGUCACAAAGAUGGAGUUCUUACUGGGCAAUCCGUACAGCACUCCUGUGGGCCAGUGCUUAGAGAAGGCCACGGAUGGCGGCCUGCAGGCUGAGGACUGGACGCUCAACAUGGAGAUCUGUGACAUCAUCAAUGAGACGGAGGAAGGGCCUAAAGACGCCAUCCGGGCGCUGAAGAAGAGACUGAGUGGGAACAGGAACUACCGGGAGGUGAUGCUAGGAUUGACGGUGCUGGAGACGUGUGUAAAGAACUGCGGCCACCGGUUUCACGUCCUCGUGGCUAACCGGGACUUCAUUGAUGGUGUCCUCGUCAAAAUCAUCUCCCCCAAAACCAACCCCCCCACCAUCGUACAGGACAAAGUCCUGGCUCUGAUCCAGGCCUGGGCGGAUGCCUUCAGGAGUAGUCCUGACCUGACAGGGGUGGUCCAUAUUUAUGAGGAGCUGAAGAGGAAAGGCAUAGAGUUCCCCAUGGCUGACCUGGAUGCUCUGUCACCCAUCCACACACCACAGAGGGGUCUACCAGAGGUGGACCCAGCUGUACUAAAGUACAAAGCCCCCAUCCAGCCCCUCGCUGCAGCCACAGCCACCCUCCCCAAGCCUGCAGCCGCCCCGGCUCCGGCCCCCGCCCCCCUCACCCCCGUCCUACAGAUACCACACAUCCCCAACGUACAGGGCCCUAUCACCGCCAACCCUGAACAGAUCGCCCGGCUGCGCAGUGAACUGGACAUUGUGAGGGGAAACACCAAAGUGAUGUCAGAGAUGCUGACUGAGAUGGUGCCUGGACAGGAGGACUCCUCGGACCUGGAACUCCUUCAGGAGCUGAACAGGACGUGCAGGGCCAUGCAGCAGCGGGUGGUGGAGCUGAUCUCCCGGGUCUCCAACGAGGAAGUGACAGAGGAGCUGCUGCACGUCAACGACGACCUCAACAACAUCUUCCUACGAUACGAGAGGUAUGAGAGGUACCGGUCGGGUAGAGCGGCUCAGAAUAACGGGAUGCUGAGUGAAGCCACAGAGGACAACCUGAUAGACCUAACGCCAGGCUCGCCCGCUGUGGUCAGCCUCCGAGCCACCUCCACACCCCCGUCCAGCAUCCCCCCUGUGACCGCCCCCAGGGCUGGGGCUACAGCCUCCCCUGCCCGGACCCUGAUCCAAGACCCUACCUCUGGUCCCUUAACUCUGUCCACUCAGCUCGCCGGCCUGGAUGUGGGUGGGGAUAGUGUCAGUGGUACCCUGUCCUCUCUGUCGGGCCACAACCCUGGAGACGACUUUGACAUGUUUGCUCAGACCAGAACCAGCUCUCUGGCAGAUCAACGCAAAAAUGUGAAGUACGAGGACCCUCGAGCCCUGGGUGGGCUUGCCUCAGCUCUGGACGUCAGACAACAGAACGCCACUGGAGGGAGUUUGAUAAGUUUCUGGAGGAUCGAGCGAAGGUGGUCGAUUCCUUACCAUCGCUCCCUGGUGAUGAGCAUGGUCCCCCUCUCAGCGCCCCCAGCGGCACCCGCAAGAAGGCUGAACGGACGGAGGAUGCCCUCUUUGCCUUGUAGACUCUCCCCCAGGAAACCUCUCUCUCUGAGGCAUCUACAGUACCUUAGGUAUCCCCCCUCCGACCCACUUGCCCAAUCCGCCACCCCUGCCAAGCAGCAGUGUAGCUACUGAACUGAACACCAAUCCUCCUCCUGCAGAGGACCAUGCUUGCUGUCCGCCUGCCCAGCCGCGUUGCAUCAUGUAUUACUAUUGAGGUUUCGAUCCGUCUGUCAGUGUGGGACAUGUCUGCCGUCUUGUAUCUCAUCUGCAGCUAGCUACCCUAAGGAGGAUAUAACCUAACAUUGUGAGGAGGAGGAUAAAAUGACAAAACCUCGUCUCUAUGUUCCUCUGAAGGUGUGAAGGUUAACAGAAAAAAUCCUUCUGAAAAAGCAGACCGAGGAUAUAGUCUAUACAAACAGAGGAGUACUGUGUUAUUUUAAUAAAUGUAGCUUAUGAAUAAUUUAUGAAUGUAUUAUUUUAACGGUUUGUACUGUACUAUGUACUAGCGCUGCACUAUGUAGGUGCCUCUUUUUCCUUUUUUUACUCAUGUUCCUUUUUAGGUUUCCUUAACCCUUUCAUUACCCAUUCUACAGUUGUGAAAUGUUGGUACAGGGAAAGGCAAUGCAUGAGGAAAGACUACUGUUUGACAGACUCCAUGCUAGUAUUACUCAAUUAUGGCACAAUAGUUCUGCAGGGCCAAAUGGCAAACAUUACUUACCUGUAUCUGUCUGUUUCCACAUUUCAAAAGGGAGAAGGAAAGAAUAUAUAUAGCUGUAAGCAGCCAUGUCAAGGUUCGAGCCCUAUGGCACCACAGCAAAUAUCUGUCACACAGCUUUUAUAUUUGCUUUCCUCUUUGAAAAGCUGUUGUCAACUUCCCUCCAUGUUAUAUUGUGUGGUGUGUACAUACUGUAGGGGAAGGAAAGGGUCCAAAAUAGUAUUUUCAAUCAGAACCUAAGUAACACCAACCAAAUGUUUGUGAUCGAUAGUAUACAGGGGGUACCGGUACCAUACAUUGACUCAUUACCGCUACCCCUGUAUAUAGCCUCGUUAUUGUUAUUUUAUUGUUGCUCUUUUAUUUUUUACUUUAGUUAAUUUAGUAAAUAUUUUUCUUAACUCUUAUUUUUCAUAA